GAUGUUUUUGCUGUUGUUAUUUCAGAUGAUUCUGGUCGUACAGACAUCUUCUGUCACAUGAUGCCAUUCUACUCCUAUGACAUCCCCCACAGCUGUGGGCCUGAUCCCAAGAUCUGCUGCCAGUUUGACUUCAACCGCCUGCCAGGAAUGCGCUACAACUGCCCCUGGAAGGUUGCUCCCGUUGUUAUUGAUGAUGAAAAUGUAGCAGCAAGGGCUGAAAUGUUACUCGAUCAGUACCGCAAGAAAUCUCAGCUAUACCGACAGAACAUUGUACUGAUACCUCUGGGUGAUGACUUUCGGUAUGACAAGUCCAAUGAAUGGGACCUGCAGUAUCAGAACUACAAGAAGCUGUUUGACUACAUGAACUCCCAUCCAAAAAUGAAAGUUGAUAUUAAGUUUGGAACUUUGUCUGACUAUUUCAAUGCAAUCUACAAGAAGCAUAAAAUUGCACCUGGGGAUCCUCCCCCAAACAUACCUUCACUGUCAGGCGAUUUCUUCACCUAUGCUGAUCGAGAUGACCACUACUGGAGUGGCUACUAUACCUCGCGCCCCUUCCAGAAGGUUCUUGACCGAGAGAUGGAACACCAGCUGCGGAGCGCUGAGAUCCUUUUCUUUCUGGUCAGUCGGUAUCUUAAGAUACAUGAUGGCAUCAAAUUCCCUCUCAUAGAGUUCAUGCAGAGUCUGGUUAAUGCUCGACGGAACAUUGCACUGUUUCAGCACCAUGAUGGUAUUACGGGGACUUCCAAGGACGUCGUAGUUGACGACUAUAUUGACAGGUUGCUGACUGCUAUGAUGGAGAUGAAGAGACUGACAACAGAAUCCAUCACAUUUUUAAUGAUGAAAGAGAAAAGCAAAUACAGCUACUCCAAAGAAAAACCUAUGUUUAAUGUUGAUGAAAAAAGGGAGAAGCAUUUUUCUAUACCAGAACGUUCUGUUUUGAAAAUAAGUGAUACUCCUCAGUAAGUAACAAUUGGUAAUACACCUCUAUAAAUUAUAAUUGCAGGUACUCUAAAUGCUUUUGUGAGUAGAAUUUGUGUGUCUCUGUGGAAACCUGUAUUGUUAUAGGUAUGUGUAUCCAC